GAAACCGGACACCUUCCCCCUCUCGUGCAUGCAUACAUUUUCAGCUGCAAACCAACCCAGGCCCAUCGUCCUGUUCUAGCACUGGGGCAGUGCGACUGCCCGCUGCCUCGAGAGACUGGAAAUCCUCAUAAGAACAGCACAGAGACAUGGAGACGGUGGCGUCUCAUCUUCUCAGCUGUGGUUUCGCUCUUCUAAGUUUCCAGUGAGUGUGGGGUCAGCAGGGGCACGCGGCAAUGUCUCUUCCACUGGAUAUACGCUCUGACCACAAAGAAUCCUCGAUGGGGACGCUGGAGAAACAACUCAUCUGUCCCAUCUGCCUGGACGUGUUUACGAAACCAGUCGUGAUUCUGCCCUGUCUGCACAACCUCUGCCGCAAGUGUGCCAAUGAACUGUACCAGCCAUCUCUCUUCCAGGUUGGAAUCGGAGGCCGUUUCCGCUGCCCUACCUGUCGACGUGAGGUUGUCUUGGACCGUCAUGGAGUUUAUGGACUGCAGCGCAAUUUACUCGUGGAGAACAUUAUUGAUGUUUACAAACAGGAGUCUGAAAGCCCUAGGCCUCCACCACCGAAGCCUCCUGCAGAGUUUAACUGUGCAGAGCAUGAAGAUGAGAAGCUUAAUAUUUAUUGCCUCACGUGUCAGGUGGCCACCUGCUCUCUCUGUAAGGUGUUUGGGGCACACAAGAACUGCCAAGUAGUUCCCCUGCCUGAUGUUUACCAGCAGCAGAAGGCUGAACUCAGUGACAGAGUUGCUUCUUUGGUUUCCACAAAUGACCGUGUUCAGACAUUUGUUAAUGAACUAGAGGCACUCUGCAGGAACAUAGAGGAAAACAGCAGGAUUCAGAUACAGAUUCUGUGUGAGAAGUUUGAUCGCAUGUCUGCCAUUCUGGAGGAACGUCGUAAGAUCAUGAUCCAACAAAUCACUUCUGAGCAGGAACAAAAGACUGGCUGGACCCAGUAUUUACUGCAAACCUACAAUGAGCAUGUGGACACAAACUCAAAGUUGAUCCAGGCAGCCCAGAAUGCCAUAGAGGAGCCAGAGAUGGCUUCUUUUGUCCAGACCUCAAAAGAUCUUAUCGAGAAGGUUGGUAAAGCAUCUAAUUGUUUCACUCUGGAGACGCUGGAUCCUGAUUAUGAGAACAUGGAUCACUACAAAGUGGAUUUCGAUGCAGAAGAGAGAGUUCUGUACCAGCUGGAUUUCAUGGAGAUUGAAGAAGAAGUGGAGGAAACACCUGAAGAACUGGAGUCAGAACCUGAACCUGAACCUGAACCUGAACCAAUGCUGACCCCAGAACCUGACCCUGAACCAGAUCAGGAUCUGAAAUCAGAGGCUUCUGAGAUGACGAAUCCCACACCGGAGACAACGGAGGACACUUGGGGACAAGUAGAUGCCUGUGGAGAUGACAGAAAAGUGGCUGUUUGUGAGAAGAAUAGCUUAAGCACUUCACAGGUUGUCACUCUAGUCCUUUAUUUCCUGGCCUUCCUGGUAAUCCUACAGCGAAUAUGGGGAAACAUUCAGUGCCUUAUUUGUAUAUAGCAGAGGUGAAGAGACACAGUCGAAUAAAGCUCACGUUCUUUUGAAUAUAAAAACAAAGUCAAAGAUUUUUUGUUUAAAUUGAGUAAGGUUUAAGAAAAGACUGGAUUGGUAAAAUGUAUCUAUGCUCAUGCAUGAAAAUAAAGUCACUUUACCAAAUUUUCUGCAAACUGGCAAACCUGUGAGCUCCGCACUACAAGGACUGAGCCCUCCAAUGGUCACCAGUGAGCCGAUUCAUCUCUGAUUCUCCUUCUCCUUCAAUGAAUUACCAAUAAGAAGUGACACUUCUGCUCAAAGCAACAAUGAUGACAGAAUGGGGUCAUGUGGACCAUCUCCUCUAUUUGGUUCUUGACAAAACCUUCCCUGUGUUUGUGCAAAAUGUACAAAUGAUUAAAACAUCAUGUCUACUUA